GGCCAACUCAAACUGUUAUCGUUCGCCCCCGCUUACCACCCUCCAAUCUAUCGACAGCACUCCCCUCCUACUCUCCACACCCCGAAAAAUGUCCCCGCCAGCACAAAUCGCCAGCUACACAAUCCUCCCAAUAACCAUCCCGGCCACGCCCCUUGCCGGAACAGCAACCCACUUCCUUUAUUUCCGCAAGCACUCCGCCAAGCAGCUGGCGCCACAUGACCCUCGCUCGCUAUUCGCCGUGAACGUCCCCAUCGACUCCACAACUACGCACUUCCGCGCACUGUUCACUAAAAUUGGUGGCGGCCGGGUGGAGAGAGUGAUUUUCGAAGAGGGUGGAGGUGCUAGAUGUGGGCAUGGGAAGCGGAAGCGCGCCAGUGAGGAUGAAGAGGUUGGGGGCGAUGUGUGGGACAGACCGUUACGCAAAAGCGGGAGUACAGCUGUUGUUGUGUUCGUGGAUAAGCCGAGUAGGGACAUGGCAAUUAAAGCGGCAGGCAAGGUUUCCACUACGGCCGUAGUUUGGGGUGAUGGGAUUAGCGAGGUUAUAAAUAUACCUGCACUUGGGAUAUCACGUAUGCUGCUACCUCACGUUCUCCCGUUCACCCUUCAAAAUUCCUGAUACGGUUAUUCGUAGGGUACUUAACGCAUCAUAACUUAACCCACCCUUCCAAGGUCCACCUGCAGGCCUCGGUAAACACGUUCAUGGCAGUUUUCGAAGGGGAGGAGCGCGCAAGACUUCGCGCGCUCGCCAAACGUAGACAGGUGCCCGAUGAGGACGGGUUCAUCACUGUUCUUCGAGGUGGGAGGACGGCGCCGGCGCGGCAGGAGGAGGUGAAGGCGGCGCUCGAGAAGAAGCGAAAGGAUAAGCACGAAGGCUUUUACAGGUUCCAGGUGCGAGAAGGAAGGAAGAAUCAACAGAUAGAGUUGCUGAGGAAGUUCGAGGAGGACAAGAGGAGGGUUGCUGAGAGGAAGCAAUUAAGGAGGUUUAAGGUGGGUUUUUGAUUUCUUUAUGACGGAUGGAUAGGGGGAGCUAAUCGGGUUUGUAACCGCUUUGACCUAUCCACGCGUGGCUACAAUUCACAUAUUUGAUAAAGGCAGGGAGUGGAAGUGGAGGGGCGCGCAUUGUAUAA